CGUAGCCGGUCGCGUUCAGUGGACGCGGUGUUAGCGCAGGAUCAGGGAGCGGAUUUCAGCGGCUCUCCACCACAAACCUCCUUCACAGAGCACAGGAAUAAAGCACAGCGGACAGACCCGCACUUAUUCCCCGCAACUUUGGCCCUGCUUAUUUAAACACGUCUCGUUUUUAAUACCCUACAGACUGGACGAGGAAAGUUUUGUGUCUGGAUACAGACGAACGGUGCGGUCACCCGCGGCGCGCGCAUCAUCUGCAACUCAUAUCUGAGUGUUGAGAGCUCGGAGCUGGUCUCGUUCUGUUUUUCUCUUUUUUUCGUUUAUUUUGGGCGAGGGACAAGUCCCUAGAAGUAUGUAUAUUUUGUCAACUGACUGUGGAUCUGUGAUCUUUAGUGCUUAGCCCCGCUUCUCAUCUGUGAAGUAGUUUUAGUUUCUGUAGACUGUUGUGUUCAUUCCCCCCUUUUCUCUGUCGGAUGGUGGAAUUUAAACAAGACUGAUCCCCUUUUCUCCUCCUGCCCGCAAACCGAACUCGCCGAUGGUCAGGAUUCCGGAGAAUGGUAAAUGAUCGAUGGAAAAUCAUGAACAGUGUUUCAGAACUCGAGGAUGGACAGCAGCACAAAUCGCAGAGGAUGAGCUGUAGCUAUCUCCUGUGCACCAUCCUGCUCUUUGUCGCAGUGUUACUGGCUGUCACGGUAACCGGAAUCAUUCUCUUGAUGAAUCAUUACCAAGCGCCUGCCGGCCCCGACGGGCCCCCUCUGAUCAGCACCAACCAGGAUGAGGCUAAUGCCCUAGUAACCAUCGAGAGAGGCGACGGCUCUCGCAUAAACAUCUUCAUUGACCCCAACUGCCCCGACUACAACAAUAACUUCCUGCGUCUGGAGGGCGUGCAGACCUCUCUUCUGCACUCUCUCACAGACCACGACACUGAUCUGAAGUCAGUGAAGGGACAAGACCGGGCUCUGCUGGUUAAACUGGCUGAGGAGGUGGCCAAACUGUCCGCUCACGCCAGUCAACUAAAGAUGGAAUAUAAUGCCCUUAGACAGGGCCAAGGUAACAUCGGACAAGAGCUCAGUACACUUCAGUCAGAACAGGGCAGGCUCAUCCAGCUGCUGUCGGAGAGUCAGAUCAACAUGGUGAAGGUGGUGAACUCCGUGAGCGACGCCCUCAGCUCCAUGCAGAAGGAAACGGGAAACAUCAAGACCCGUCUCAAGGCAGAUCUCCAGAGGGCUCCGGUGCGCACUCUCCGGCCCAAGGGCUGCGCCGGUGGAGAAGGUUCCAGACCCAGGGACUGCGCUGACAUCUAUGCUAAUGGGCAAAGAGAAGAUGGUAUCUACUCCGUGUUCCCUACACAUUACCCGGCGGGCUUUCAGGUGUACUGCGAUAUGACUACGGAUGGGGGUGGAUGGACGGUGAUUCAACGCAGAGAAGACGGCUCUGUGAAUUUUUUUCGGGACUGGGAAGCGUACCGUGAGGGUUUUGGCAAGAUAACAGGAGAACAUUGGCUUGGCACGAAACGGAUCCAUGCACUCACCAUCCAAGCCAACUAUGAGUUGAGGAUUGACCUGGAGGACUUUGAGAACAGCACUUCUUUUGCUCAUUACGGUUCUUUUGGAGUUGGUUUGUUCUCGGUUGAUCCGGAUGAGGACGGCUACCCGCUGAGCCUCUCUGACUACUCGGGCACUGCAGGCGACUCGCUGCUCAAACACAACGGAAUGAAAUUCACCACUAAGGACAAAGACAACGACCACUCUGAGAAUAACUGCGCGUCCUUCUACCACGGCGCAUGGUGGUACCGCAACUGCCACACCUCCAACCUCAACGGACAGUAUCUGCGCGGCCAACACACCUCCUACGCCGACGGCAUUGAGUGGUCGUCCUGGACGGGCUGGCAGUACUCCCUGAAGUUCACGGAGAUGAAGAUCAGGCCUACGAAGGAGGAGAAUAAAUGAGCGAGAACUGGAAAACUCAAGGAGAAGCGCAAAGAGGAACUCUGUAGGUGUUAGAGACACUAAACGCAGAAAACUAAGAACUUCUUGUCAUGAUUCUGUUUGAUCCCUUUUCCCCCACCCUCUCCAUCCUGUAGUGUUUGUGCUGACGCCCGGAGGGCCGCUGUUUUUCUCUCGAUCUAUUGGUCGCAUCUCUAAAUAUCAUUAUGAAAGUUUGCAGGUAUUGUCUAAAAAGUACUUAUGGAUAAAAAAUAGUUGUUGUCUAAAAAAAGGGAAAAAUACAACAAAAAACUUUCUGUAGCUGUGAAAUUUAGCAAAGAACGUGUAGCUUUUCAUAAAAAUGAAUACUUUUAACUUCUCUCAAACAUCUGAUGGUACGACAGGCAGUGUUGUGUUAUUUUCGUCUUUUGCUUGAUGGAAUUAUUCACCCAAAAAUGACAUCAUUUACUCACCGGCGUGUAGUUCCAAAACGGUCUGUUUUUUUGUUUUUCCACAGAACAGGAAAAAAUGUGAGUGCAUCUCGCUCUUUUCCAUGCUAGAACGUAUACUCAAGCUUUCAUCAGAUCCUCACCAGCAAGGCGAGAUUUUAAGAUUUUUUUAUUCUCUGUUUCUUACAUUACCAUAUAGUUUCUGAACACUUGAGAUGUGGUCAUAAGGCCUGUAUUUAUGUUUGUUUUUAAAUCUUAAAGUCUUGAACAGCAUCUUCAUUCAUUGAAUCUGAAGAGAAAACUUGAAAAGAAAAUGUUCCAUAGAUAAAAAAGAGAUCACCAGUUCGUAUCAACACGAGAGUGAGUAAAUGAGGAAAGAAUUUUCAUGUUUGGGUGAAGUAAUCCUUAAAUCAAACACUUGUAGCUAACGUAACAGGGAUGCAUUGUUGUGUUCGACCACUGCUGUAAUACCUGGAAGGUAAAAUACGUUAUUGACCAGCCAGCAGGGAUGCACAAAGAGAAUAUAUGUCACUGUGGGGGCUUUCAAAGUGAUGGACCAACACAGACACAUUAUUCACUCUGACAGGCGGGUUGCAAGCGGAUGUGCCCGCCAUUGGAUGGUUUAUCAACAAAGAAGCAGAACUUACAAACGAACACAACAACCCUUUGGUGUUACUGUCUGUUAGGAGAGCUGAUGGACUUUAUCUUAUGCUCUGGUUGGCACGCGUGGCAAUAGGUCUGAAAAGGCCAGAAUGACCGGAGUUGUCAAAGAGACGGAUCAACAGUUUGAAUUCUUGGAAGAGAACUGAGGUUGGACCAUUAUUUGUUAGUAAAGUCAUCCUACAGGUCAUUUUGUUACAUCGGAUUUCCACCAAUGUAUGAUCUCUUGCUCUAUUCGUUUUAUUUUUUUCUCAAAUCUUGAUGUUUUUGACUAAAUAUUGAAUGAAAUAUUUUAUCUUAAAAUGUCAUAGAGGCCAUGAGCAUCUUCUUUUGUGUUCUGUAAAAGGAGGAAAAUUGUCAAAGUUUUGACGAGCUUAAGGGCAAAUUAUUAUUAUGUAUUUUGUAGAACUAUUCCUUUAUCUCCUGCUCGUUUAAAAAAAUUAAAUUAAAAACAUUUGCCCCGU